AUGUUCAUAGUUUAUUAAAAAGAAUGAGGUAAAGUAAAGUAUAUUAAGAAAUUCUAGAAAACACUUGCAUCAUAUUUGAAUCUUAAAUAACUUUAUUAUUUAUAUUUUCAAAGAGCCUGGAAUAUUAUAAAUAUUAUUUUUAAAUUGAAAAUCUUUUCACACAGAUUUUUCAUCGAAAGAAGAUCGAAGAUUCUGUCAAAAGCUGAGUAUAGAAAACUUAAAGAAUAGAGAGAUGCGCGGUUUAUUACGAAACGACUUCACGAAAGAGUCUCUAGUUCAUUGUGGUUUCACGAACAAUUUUUGCAUUUGUCCCAGGCUUCCAAACCUUGGGAAUAAACUGCAUCACAUAAUUUCUGCAUAAUACACUGACAAUCAGGCUGUCAUCAUGUUUGUCAAAUUACAAUGAACUGUCAUUGUGCUUGUUGAAAAUCACCUUGACAUUAUGCAAUAACCGUGAAUUUUGAUGGUCUGUAUUAGUAUUUUGAUAUCUAGUAUCAUGAAAUUAUCAUAUAACUUUUAAUUAUAUCGAUAACUUUCUUGCUCUGCAUUGUUAUUUACAGAAGCUUCCGGGUGCAGUCCUUGUCCUUUUGGUAUCGAUUGUAUAUCCAGGUCGUGAAAGCCUCGAAGAUUUCUAUCUCCAUUCAAAUGUUUAAAUAUCACUUUCACUGUUCGAUAUGAUCAAAUGAUUUAUCUAUGUUGAAUAAAACAAAGCAAUGAUUAGCAUCUGUAUGUUUUGUAGUUCUGACGGAAUCUGUAAUAGAAGCUUCAACGGAAGUGAUACGUUGAAUCUAUUUAAAACAUUUGAUACUUUCUAAAAGGAACAAAAUAUAAGAACGAUUUCUAUCUGUUUAGAAUUGUUAGUGGUUUGAAAAAUUUGCUAUCAUCAAUUUAUUAUUUUAUUUAUUGCCAAGUUACAGUAUAUUAUUUCCUAAAAUUCAUUUUUAUGUCAAGAGGGAUUGUUUUAGGUAUCUCGUGAUGUUCUUAGAAUUCGCAAGAGGAGGAAGAAUGCCAGAGGAAGUAGUCUAUGAACUUACGUUACGUACAUGCUUCCGUUAUUAGUUGUAAAUAACGGGUGAAAGCGCACACGUGUACACGUUUAAUUAUUGUAGGACAAAAAGCAAUUCUGCAGAGCAAUUGGUGAAGGAGGAUAAUCAAUAAAGUAUUGUUGCGUCUUGACGGUCCCGUAAUGGCGGUUAUUAAGUUACGGAUGAGAAGUAGCAGCUUCCGAUGUCGAAGAUACACGUCAAGUAUUAUAGAAAAGUGAGAAACGUUGUAAACGAGAAAUUAUACAGUAGAGUGAAAUAAUUAUAACAAUUAUGUUUGAAAGGCAAGGAAAGAUAAAAAUGAAUAAUAGUACUUAUACUAUAUGCGUAUAUUAGUAAUAGUCUUAUAACAAUUUGUAACAAUUUUAUGUAAAAAUAACAUAGUAGUAUAGGAAAUAUCUACAAGAAGAAGAAAUUUAUGAUAAGCAUACUUAUGUAUUUUUCGUAUAUAUUUUUUAUGUUUAUUUAUAAUUUUCCUAACUUGUAAUUUAUGUAAAUUUCAUGGUGUAUCGAGAUAUUAUUACAAUUACACUACGAAUACGAGGACAGAAAAUUAUCUGGACAAUUACCCUGUAAGACAAGGGGAAAAUUAAGCAGGCGGCACGACAGGCAAAAUUGUAUUGUUUAAGGCAAAUUAUGUUACACUGUUUUCUUGCGAACUAGCUACGUCCAGUUGGAACCUUCCACCUACAUUUAACAUUGCUUGGUCUUACGAAAUCUAAGGUACUGUGACUUCCAUUUUCCGGUCUCUUGCGAUGAUUUAAUUCACAAGACGUCUGUGACAAUCGGAACCUGAUUCGACAGAAAUGAACAACUUUAGAAGAAUAUAAGAGGUGCUUUACUUCAUCGAUCGAAUUGGGAACAAACGGUUGCUUGGAUGUUCUGCACGACGAAGAAAUGUACUAUGGCCGUGCGAAGGAAGAAAGUUCGGUUCGGGCAUCAUACAAGGAAGAGCAUACGUCUCGAGCAUUGUGGUAGUCUGAAUCCGCUCAUGUUCCUUAAAAGGAAACAGAUAAGCAGAUUGAAACUCGUUUUCGAUGGUGAGCGGAGAAAGGACGAAUGGUGUUCGCGUUUUCGUUGCCUCGAGCCAUUUGAAAAAUAUUUUACCGGCUAACUACUUACGUAGUAAAAACUAACCGGAAAAGAGAUACCUACUGGAUACAGAUUUCUAUCGAUCGUUGGCAAAAAUCCCAACAAAAUGGAAAACAAAUGCAGGUUCCAGUCGAGGAAGGCGUCAAGAGAAGACAGAAGUGGGUUCGGAACCGACGUUCACCGUCCUACCUGUUCGUCUCCCACCUGGUCUAUGCCUGAGGAACUCUUCCCCGACUGGAGAAGUAAAACUCUCAGACGUUUUCCGAUCUCCAACAGUCCCGAACUCGUCCUCGUCAACGUGUGAACUUGUGUCAGCUAAGCAGGUCUGACGCGUCUUCGCUAUUGUCCUCUUGUUUUCGUUUCUCCGCCAACACGAGAGAAGCUCGACUAUUCUUUCUUUCGAUAAAACGACUCGAGAACCUUAUCUUCCCUUUGAACAACGCUUUCGUUUUGAUCAACGAAACGAUUUCGUUCUCCGAAUAUAUUUCCAAGAUAUAUCUAUCUUUCUUUUUUUUUGUUUAAUUUGUAAAUCAUAGUUCAAUUUGUAAAUUAACCGAUUCGUUGUACUUACGAAGAAAGGAAAGGUAUACGCGAUAUUUGUUUGAGGGAAGUUUCUAGAACGAGGAAGCAGUGUAAAAUUAUUUGGUUUAACAAGCCUUCUGUAACUUUGUAAGUAAAUUUGAAAGUCGACGGAUAUCGGAGAAGAAAGAAGAAAAAGACGUAGUGGGGUGUCGAUGUUCCGGUGGUGAAGUUCUUAGAAAAAGGCAAACCGUGUGUGAACGCUGCUCGAUAAUCGAAGAGAAAGGAGGAUCGUUGACGUAAUGAGGCGGAGGAAUGUUUUGUGCUUCCUGUGGAUCACCGCGAUCCUGAGGAUACAAGGUUUCGUUGCUGCCGAAGCUGACCCGGCGAUUCUUUCAGGGACCGACUUGGCUCAGUUCCAACAGAGUCAUCCAUCACACGAUCCACGACCGCGUCUCUCAGCUUCUCAACAGGCUCAAAUAUUGAGCGACGUUCAGCAACACCAGCAACGUUUCCGUCGACCCCAAGACGCGAUCAAUUCUCGAGGAUCCUUCGACCAAGUUGCCUCCAAGCCGCAAACCAGCAGCGCGUCCUACCCAUCCCUGGCCAAAUACAAAGUAGACCGUGCAAAACAGCAGCAACUUCAACAGCUGUACCAACAGCAACAACAAGUACAGCAAUUGAUACAAGAACAGCAACAAAAAAUAGCUCAACAACUCAGCAAUCCAAACUACUUGAACGCUCAGACUCAAUUCCAAUCUCAACCAGCCAAGCAACAAUUUCCACAGCAAUUUAGCAGCCAGUAUCAAAACACCAAUAGCCACUUUCAGAACCUCCAGCAAGACUUGUCGCAACCUUUGUUCAGCGAUCGACAGACGUUACAGCUGCAAGAAUAUCUAGAGAAGCAACGUGAGUUGGAAUUGGUGCAAAAGCAAAGGCAACAAUUGUUAUUGGAACAACAGGAGCUACGAAGGCAGCAGGAGCUACUGAGACUGCAACAGCUUCAGAAACUCACGUCGACUACUCCUUUGCCAGUUCCUGUCACAUCUGCCAGUACGAUUGCUGUCAGCACUACAACGUCUCCUGUUCUCGUAUCGCUGCCAACAGCGAGAAAAAUCACUUCAUCCGAAACAGAUCUGUUCCUGAAAGCGAUAGCUACUCAUCAGAAGAAGUUCUCUACGACCACACCAAUUCCACCCACAACAACGACAACUGCGAGGACCACAACGACCAUCAAACCGACUAUCGUCGCUGCAGUCUCUCCCAGAAUGUACCAAGAAAAGGUAACAGUCACUCCCACUAUCCCAGAGAAUUUAUUGAGCUUGAUACAGGAGCAGCAGAAUCAGUUUGUGCAACAGGGUAAGCCAAAACCUCAGAUCAAAGUUAUAUAUCAGACUGAGAAGCCAGUAACCUCGAAGACCGUCACGGCGAAGACCAGGUCUGCUUCCUUAGGAUCGGAAAGAGACGUUUUGUUGAAACAACUGAAGCUGGCUCUGGCUCAAUCUAUCGACGAUGACGUGAGAAACGUCAGUACCAGGGACAUAGUGCUUCCUAACGGAAAGAAGAUUCAAUUAAUCGAUUCUUCGAGCAGCUUAACGUCUAACCUUCCUACCGAUGGAUCUACUUUAACUAUGUCUACUUUGGCGCUGACUACUUCGACGACGACUAUCAAGCCACCGAAAGCUAUUUUCGAAGAGCUGACUAGGGGCGUGCUUCCUCCUGGAGCUGACUUUGAGAUUAUUAGACAGAAGAGCGACGGAAAGCUGGAGGAAAUUGGAAAAGCACCGAUUCAGAGUCUACCAGCGAAGAAGGUGACGUUUGUGGUAUUGGAGGAGCAACCUGAUGGCAGUUACAAGGUGCAAGGGGUGAAAGGAAACGCGGAGAAAGAGGGAAGCGAGGUCGAGUCCAUCGUGGAGAAGAUAAAGAAAGGAGAGUUAAAGUUGCCACCGAGUUCUUCGAAUCCGACGACUGUGACUUCGCUUCAGAGUUUCGGGUCCGGCUUGGAUCCAAAUUCUAUUUCGACAAGGCAGAGUGUGAUACCCUCGAGUCAAAGUAUUGCGUCUACUAGCCCUAGAUCGACUACUCCCAGGUCUACUUCUAUUUCGUCGAGGUACACGGAGAGCAAACCGACAGAAUACUUCCCUCACGUGACAAUUUCACCAAAUUCCGUGCCCACGACGGACAAAUAUCUGUCCUCGGCAUCGAGCGUCACCAGCCACGUGUACAAUUCACUUGGAACUGCAAACACAACUCCUAAAUUGGCCUCCUUGGAUCACGAUAGUCGAGUGACGUCGAAAUAUCCAAGCGUAACAAGGAAUCACUUCAUCCCGACCAUGGCUCCGGUCAAUGAAAUCAUUACAACGACACUUCCAUCGGUGCCGACGACUUUCUCGCAUCAGUCGACCAAUUCCUACGUUCACUUCACCACCAGGCCAACCGGUGAAACUUCACCGACCCUCAAGACGAUCCCGACCACCACGAGGCCAUUGACCACCUUACACAACGAGAAUAUAAUCUAUCAGGACAGCUUCGAAAGGUCCACCAUAUCAUCGGCGAUCGAAUCACCUUCCACCAGGAGUCAGAUACACGAGAGUUUGAACACGUUGCUUAGAAGGGAAGGAUUGUUCGCCAUGGCUAAAUAUUUGAGGCAGUCGGGUUUGGACAACGUGUUGAACGAAACUGGGCCGUACACAAUAUUUGUCCCGACAGACAAAGCUUUCAGGACGCUUUUGGUGCAACUUGGUGGUCCAGAAAAGGCAGAGCAAAAGUUCCGAGAUAAUCCACGACUUCUUAGCGGGUUACUGCUGCACCACGUGAUACCAGGAGCCUUCAGGAUCGAUUCAUUGCAAGAUGAAAUGACUGGUGUUAGCUUAGCUGGAACGCAAUUAAGAGUGAACGAAUACGCAAUGCACGACCACGAAUGGAACGAUAUCAAGCAGGUGACAACGAUAAAUGGCGCGAAAGUGGCAUCGAAUAAACGGGACAUCGAGAUACCACAGGGUGUCGCCCACGCCGUUGAUAGGGUGAUGUUUCCUCUUCCGGUUGGCGAUUUGGUGCAAACGUUACAGGCUGACCGCGAGAGAAGAUUCACUAACUUCCUUAAAAUGCUUUACAUCUCGGGUCUUCAAGAUACUUUAUCAGGACCUAAAACUUUCACCGUUUUCGCACCAACGGACUCCGCUUUCGAAUUAUCUUCGAAGGACGGAGCACCGGUUUGGACGGAAGAAGACGGACCAGAAGCUGCGAAAACGAUUGUUUUGAGACACGUGAUUCCAUCUACCCUAUACACAGCUGGCAUGAGGUAUUAUUUGCAAAAGGAUACCCUUCGUCCUCAGUCACCUGUUCAUAUUCACAAAAAUGGUGGUCGAGUACGAGUGAACGAGGCACAUGUCGUAACACAUAAUAUACCAGCAACAAAUGGAGUUUUGCACGCAAUUGAUGGCAUACUAUAGUGACUACAAUAUCGGUUACAUAGAUCAGUUACAUUCAGUUUGAAAAGUUAGGCGUCUUAAGAGAAAAUGCAUAUAUCAGUCACAGUACACGAAAAAUAUUUAUAUUCUUAUACUUAUUACUUCUUUGCGAUUUGCUAAAGAAAAAUAUAAUAAUAAUCUUAGACUAGGUUUGCACUACGUGAUAAUCUAAUAAUAAUUUAUGAAUAAUAUACUAGCCUAAUAAACGUUCUUUGUUUAGAAAUAUGCAGUGAUAAUGAAAAAAAUAAAAUUUUAGUAAAAAAGAAAAAGAAUUUGUAAUGCUUAGGGAUUAUUGCAGUAAAUCGCAAAGAAUUAAAGUAUUCGUCUCAAAAAAAUCGUAAUUGAGACAAAAACAUAGGUAUCUCGGGAAAGAAAGAAAAGAUAAAUCUCUGGAACUAUCAUUAAGUUCAACAAUAAGGAUAAAUCGACAAGAUUUGCCAUAGAUGUUGUGAAAUUGCAUAAAUGUAAUGGGGCCUUUUUUAGGGCAUAAACAAAUAGAAAGACUAAUUUAUAUAACAUAGAUGCGUGUUAAUCGCUCAUGUUGCUACGCAAGCUAUACGAGCCACUGAGUGCGAAAAAUUAAUUGUCUAAUUGUAUAGAAUGGUAACGCAAUACCAUGAUUAGUAUUAUUAUAGUAUGUAUUAUUUUAUAAAUAAAUGUACAGUCUAUGUUUUUUCAUAA